UCCGCCUUUCAAAAUUGGUUCAAAAUUUACAGAAUGACGACGUUGAUUCACAGUUUUAGUUCUCGGCAAGUUUUGUGCAUAGAUCAUAUCGAUUUCAAAACAGUUGGAGAUUUGAAAUCUUACCUUGCCGCAGAAAAGGGUAUUCCAAAAGAUGCAGCUUUCUUCGUAUGUAAUGGUAGAAUUGUCAGUGACACUGAAACUGUUGAGAAGAAUGUGGUUUACCACACACAUCUUAGGCUUCCAGGUGGAAAGGGAGGUUUUGGGUCAAUGUUGCGUGCUAUUGGCGCACAGAUAGAAAAAACAACCAAUCAUGAGGCAUGUAGAGAUUUGAGUGGUCGUAGAAUGAGAGAUGUAAACAACGAGAAAGACUUAAAAGAAUGGUUAGGAAAGCAGGCAGAAAGAGAACGUGAGCGUGAGCAGAAACGACAGGACCGUAUUGCACGUCGACGAGCCAUGCCCAAUCAUAAAUUUGAUGAUCCCCUGUAUGAUCAACAGAGGUCAUUGUUAGCUGAAAAUCAGGAAGAUGCCUUGCAAACUGGGUUGAAAAAGUUUGUAGCCAAGCCAGGAACAUCUGCAACAGUGACCUCAGAGGAAAUGUUGGGAGUGAAGAGAAAAUCAGAGACACAGGGUCCUGGUGGAUCUGGUAUCACAAAGAAAAAGAAGGAUGUAGAAUGGCUUGGUGUAGAUAUAGACAACCUGAGUGACCUUGACAGUGAUGAAGAUACCUCCAACAGUGAAGAGUCAGGACAGAAAGAGAUGGCACCAAGUUCAGAAGAAGACCAACAGUUUGUUGAAGAAGACAGUGAUUCUGUGGAUAGUGCAAAAAAUAAUGCAUCUCAAGAAAAAAGAAAUGAACAAGAUUCGUCUGAAAAUGAGACAAAUUCCACUUGCAAAACUUGUAAUAAAUCAAACAUGGAUACAAGUAGUGACCAUGAUAAAUCAUGUGAUAUUGACAGUAAAACUAAUGAGAAAGCUGAAACUGAAGAGAUUGUGGAAGAAACAAAUGAAGGAACUGGACCUCAACAAUCUGAAGAGAAAGGGAGGCCAUUUUGUCUGGAUGAUAUUUCAAGUAUAGAGGAGCUGGUACAACUUGGCCUAGAUAGACUGAAACAGGAACUGUUGGACAGAGGGUUAAAGUGUGGUGGUACGCUGGAACAGCGAGCAGAGAGACUGUUCUCUGUCAAGGGACUUUCAAGAGAUCAGAUCAAUCCAGACCUAUUUGCAAAGUCAGCAAAUGGAAAGAAAGUGAAAAACAAAAAGUGAAAGUAUUGAACAUACCUGUCUGUUUCUGAACCUUUUGGCUAUCUUCAAGGAAAGAAGGUUUAUUGUUUCUUUUAAAAGUUUUAGAGAUGUUUGUUUUUA